GCGGACCGGAAGGCGGUGUGGAGCCGGGACCCGGUGUGUGGUGAUACAGGCUCCGGGUUUAACGCAGUCCUGACCGGCUCCCGGCUCCAAGCCCCGGGCGUCGCCGACCCGCCAGCCCAUCUCACUCCGCACCGACAGAGCCUGCGGCCUACAGCAGACACGGAGCCAGGACAGAGCCUGAGGCCCAGCCCAGCCCAGCCUCCCGGUGAGACUGUUUGUGGCCGUGCAUCCUUACCAAGCAGGUGGCUGUGGUGCUGGGGUUUUGGUGUCAUUGCAGGACGGUUAUUCUGAGUGAGGGGCCUUGUAAACGCUUCUGAUUAAACCAUGAGUAUAAUCGCCUACCUGAAGACUCAGUUCAUAGUUCAUCUUUUACUUGGAUUUGUGUUCGUUGUCAGUGGCUUCUGCAUCAACUUCAUCCAACUUUGCACUCUCCCCAUCUGGCCCAUCAACAAGCAACUGUAUCGACAUCUCAACUGUCGGCUUGCGUACUCACUGUGGAGCCAGCUGGUCUUGCUGCUGGAAUGGUGGUCUGGCACGGAAUGUACACUUUUCACUGACCAGGCCACGGUGGACCAAUUUGGCAAGGAACAUGUUAUUGUCAUCUUAAAUCACAAUUUUGAGAUUGACUUCCUCUGCGGUUGGACCAUGUGUGAAAGACACGGCGUUCUGGGGAGCUCUAAAGUGUUGGCGAAGAAGGAAUUGCUUUACGUACCUCUGAUCGGAUGGACGUGGUAUUUCCUGGAGAUUGUUUUCUGUAAACGUCGUUGGGAUGAGGACAGAGACACAGUUGUAAAUGGACUGAAGGCAUUGCAGGACUACCCAGAGUACAUGUGGUUUCUGUUAUACUGUGAAGGCACACGUUUUACAGAGAAGAAACACCGUAUUAGUAUGGAGGUUGCUGAAUCUAAGGGUCUACCGAAGCUGAAAUAUCACCUGUUACCAAGGACCAAAGGUUUUACCACCACUGUUAAAUACCUCAGGGGAACGGUUACUGCUGUGUAUGAUGUGACGUUAAACUUCCGAGAUAACAAGAACCCGACACUCUUGGGCAUACUGCACGGCAAGCAGUACCAUGCAGAUAUGUGUGUCAGGAGGUUCCCUCUAGAAGAUAUUCCAGAAGAUGAGAAGGAAUGCGCAGCUUGGCUCCAUAGACUGUACCAGGAAAAGGAUGCACUUCAGGAGCAGUAUGUGAAGGAUGGUACCUUCCCUGGGCAGGCCAUCCAGCCGAGACGUCGACCCUGGGCCUUCCUGAACUGGCUGUUCUGGGUGAUCGUGCUCCUGACUCCACUAAUUAACUUUGUGUUUGGAGUAUUUGUCAGCGGUUCCCCUGUUGUCAUCUGUUCAUUUCUGCUGUUCGUCGGAGCAGCAUCCUUCUGUGUACGAAGGCUUAUUGGAGUGACGGAGAUUGGAAAAGGCUCUAGUUAUGGAAAUCAGGAAUUUAAGAAGAGGAUGUAGAAAUAUUAAUGGAAAGACUUCCAAGCUGCUUAUUGAAAAUAACUGAAUUUUUUAGGAAUGUUUUGCUCUCAACUGACAACAACUAACAGUGGCCAGGAGUCAGGAAUCAGCUGCUCCAUGAUCAGCUCCUGAAUGGACAGCUGCACUAACCCCCGAUCCACAUUACUGACACCCACCCUGUCUCAUGGACUAUACUCAGACACAACUGUCCACUCUCAUCCCAGGUCAACUCACCCUUUACCUCGCCUUUCACUCUAUCUUUCCCACUUGCUUGCUGUCUCUAUCUCGAACAUGCUGUAUAUUUCUCCCAGCCUUGCCAUCUCAUGCUCACCGUCUCCAUUUCACACCCACAUCUCUCCAAUUGCUUUCAUCCCCCACUGCCUCCAUUUUAAGAUUUUGAGAUAUAUCAAAAGGUUGUGUUUUUCAGGAGAGACUGAGACUAUAAUCGUCUGCUCUCAUUACGUUUGAUGAUGUAUGCUGACUGUAUGCGGACUGUUCCAUGCCCCACUUGAUCCUACCAUGCUGUGGUAGGUCACUACACUGACACUUCACGAAUGGAUCAGUAACCAAGGACACUGAGUGUAGUCUGUUGCUGUUGACUGACAUGACUGAAUUUCUACUUCAGGGUGGGUUUCUCUCAUCUACAAUACACAGUGGUAACUUUGUCUCUCUAAGCGAUACAACAAUCUCUGUCUCCACACUAAAACCGCCCUCCUCCCUACAUAUUCCUCCAGCUCUGGGCUGAUGUUUCUUCCUCCAGCUUUCUAGCAUCUUCUUUCAUACCCCUUAUUUCUCUCUUCCCCUUGCCCCUUUCACUGCCAUCGAAACCAAGACUCCACCCUCCAUCCUUUUGCAGAGAAUCCAGUUCUCACUUUAAUUUUGUCAAAUCAAUAACUGAGUGUUGGAGCAUGAAGUGGAGGGAUUGUGAAGGUAAUGUGAGCCACGGGUGAAUAUGGAUCUCUGACACACAUCAUCCAGUAUCUCUCUGUCUCCAUGUCCUUAAACUGACUGCACCCAGGAUCAGACCCCAAAGAUUUCUGAAGGAGCUGCAAUUGAUUCAUUGCAUCUGAAUGGGGCAGAGUGCUCUGAGUAUCCUCCUUUCCUAGUCUUGAGAGAUCUGUGUUAAGCUGUGAGACCGAACCAACUCCCCCCACCAAAAACAAUUGGGUCCCAAUAUAGAACAGAGUCACAUCCUUUGAUUUGUUCAGACUGAAUGUUAUUCACUGAAUGGAUUGAUGGAGGUUGAAGGAAAGUUCUACCCCUUAUUAAACAUUCCAAGUUAUCCAGUUUUGUUUGAGUCCUGGCAGCAAUGUUACCUUCCUCCUGACAUCCUGAUCCCAGUGGACCAGAUCUUUAUUCUCCCCUGGGACCUUCCUGCUGUUCACCAGAACUGGGAUCAAGAGAGAUGUUGUAGAUCAGCAGAUGAUCCAAGUCAACAUUUAGGAAAGCACCUUAUGCACUAACAGUGAGAAAGCAAAGCUUCACGGUGGGUUCCAUUGGGUACCAGGGACCUGGGCAUUGAUCAGCAGACUGUCAGGUAUUCAGUGGAAUUGAAUGAGCUGGGAACUAAUUGCAGUUUUGCAUGUAUCUUUUUGCAUGUAUUUUUAAUCCUUGACCAACUCCAUUCUGGGGGUCUUUGUGCACUCUCUUGUUUUAAUCUCUCACUAAUACCUCCUUUACACUCUGAAUAUUCAAUGUUAGAAACUUCUGACUGUGCCGAGUUUGGAUCAGUCGAGUUCCAUUUGUUAAUCUCCUUAAAGGAUUGAACAGUUCCAUCCUUUAAGGUAACUCUGUCUCAUAACAGAGAAGCUGCUUCCUCCUGGCUGCAUUCUGUACACAUCUCUGUUUCUGUGGCGUCUGCUUUUACUUACUCUGGGUGGUCUCUAUUUUCAGAUACUAACCCAUACAGAUUUCAAGCUCAGAGUUUAAGGGGAUGAGCUGGAAAAAGUAUAUCUAUAAUAAAAUGAGAGUCUCCUAUGAUUAUGUCCGUCAUUUGCACCCUUCUCCGAAAGGGCUAGUGUUAACCUGAGAGUACUGUGAAUCUGAUCAGAGUUGUUGCUGAGUUAUAUUUUGUUUUAAAGAAGACCUAGUUACUGUUACUGGCCACUUUUCCAAAUUUACCUGAAUUUGACCGACCGACUAACCGAACGAACCUGUCACCUCACUCCCUCUCCAGUCUGGGUGCAGGUUCAUCCUAAACACCUUGUUGGCAGGAAAGUGAGCUGCCUGUCUGUGGGUUUGCUCAUGUGAUGAUUGGGUGAAGCAUGAUUCAAAAUAAAAAUAAAACCUACAUGUUUUGGUGCAAUGAAUAAAAGUGCAAACACCAGAAAUUCCUAAAAACAGAAGCCAAGGGUAGGCGCACAAAUAAUGGGGGCAUGUGUUUGCUGUAACCCUACCACAGCUGGAUUGUAAUUAUAAUAAACCAGCUUGAUUGUGGGAUUAAAACUGUUUACAAUUGGGCUGGGAGGUGGCAUAUGCUGCAGAUGUAGUUAACCUGUGAACGGAAGUAAACACGAACUCUGUUAAUUCCUUUGAGGGAACUGUGGAACCAUCCCUUUAAUGUGUAUGUCUGAAUAGACUGUGGUCUGAGCCAGGGAUAUGACCAGCUUUCCUCAUUGGGAUUGUAACAACUGCUGCUUGUAACAACCUGGACUUUGGUUGAGUUUUGUUUUCACAAUUCCUUGCUUUGUAACAAAAGCAGCAUGCAAGAACGUAAUAAGGCAGGAGCAACAUUUCAGGCUUGGUAACGAAGGGGCAGCUGUGUGCUGGCCAGUCAUUUUUGUCCUUCCUAUGAACAGUCAAUGCAGAUUGUAGCUAUACAUCCCGUGCUGUUCCUGUUACAAGAGUGUUUGAUGGGAGACAGUGUAGAGGGAGCUUUACUCUGUAUCUAACCCCGUGCUGUCCCUGUCCCUGUCCCUGGGAGUGUUUGAUGGGGGACAGUGUAGAGGGAGCUUUACUCUGUAUCUAACCCCGUGCUGUCCCUGUCCCUGUCCCUGGGAGUGUUUGAUGGGGGACAGUGUAGAGGGAGCUUUGCUCUACAUAAACCCAUGCUGUCCCUGUUCCAGGAAUGUUUGAUGGGAUUGUGUAAAGGGAGCUUUACUCUCUCUCUAACCCCGUACAGUGCAUGUUCUAGGAGUGUUUGAUCAGGACAUUUGUCGAGAGGUUUUAUUCUAUCUAACCCUGUUUCUGUACUCCCAGUGUACCUGAGUUAAAUACUGUACAUGGGUCAUGGAGCGUGGGCUGUUUAUUGCCAUUUUCUCCCAGAGUGUUUCCGUCCUUUAGCAGCCCUGACUCUGAAUGUUUGUUUUUCCCUCUGUUAAACCAUCCUAACUGAUGUUAGUGUGGCCUGGUGUACCUGUUAGUGAAGUUUGACUGUACACUGGAGCCAUGGGGUUGGUGUAUAUUUGGGGUUUUGCAUUGAUGAAUCUGUGUAUGAACAGUUAUUUAAAUGGGACAGAAUCCUGAUUCAUCAAUGCAGUACAGUUUUCCUGCCGUUUGGCCGGUGGCCCUGAGUACCUGUCUCUCUCCAUUUUGCAUGUUCUGCUGACUAUAUACAAGAACUUUCAGGGAUUUAAAACAUUGAACUAGAUGAAUCAUGCACCAGCUUCCCAAAACUGGGCUGACAGCUGCGUUAUAACCUUGCAUUUCAGAAUAAACAAAUAAACCGUUCCA